GAUGUGUAUUUGGGUUCCCAAUCCAGAUUAUGUAAAUCAUCGUGCCUUCUUCAACAUUUCAUACGAAUAUUAUUUGUGUAUCUGGGUAACAUCAACAUCUGGUCGAAUUUGGAAGUCACACGAGGAGCCGACGGGCAGUACCGAUGAACGCAAACUCUCACCAGAUAGAGGUAUGGCGAAUCAGUAUGGACCUCAAGCGCAUGAUGCAAUGCGGUUAGCAUUCGAAGUGGCCUAUUUGAUGGACCACUCCCGAUAACCCAUAGGUCGGGUUCCACCCAUGGCCUGUGUCUUGUUUGGUUUGUGCAUACCCGGUUUCUAUUCAAGAUUGUCUAACUCCGUGUAUAUUCUUAACAGAUGCAUUAUUGUUGACGGUCCAUCUUUUUGAGUAACUGCACUUCCAGUAUCUGCCAUUCUUUCUCACUUUCUCCAUGAACCGACAGAUAUAAAGGUGUAUUGACCGGAAGUUCACAAUGUGUCCAAAACUUUCUGACAGGAUUUUGUGCCCGAAGUUUUGUUGCGGUUGCACUCUCUCCACUUCUUGUGGCCAAGACUCAAAUUGAAUCUGGACGUUUUGUGGAUAGAUCCUUAUGGGGAACACUUUGCCGAGUUCAUCGCAGUACUAGCUGGCGCGGCCUGUAUAGUGGCGUGUGUGCUACAAUCGCACGUGAUGGUCCCUAUUCUGGACUAUACUUCAUGACGUAUUCGUACGUGAAGGGAACACUGCUUCCCAAGUCAAAUGACGACGCUCUACCUUUACCACUUCUUGGUUGUUGUGCGGGUAUUUCCGCAUUUGUGGCCACCGGUAUGACACAACCAGCGGACGUUCUACGAGCCCAGCGUCAGCUCAUGCCCAUCCCGGAUAAUGGACCCACCCAGUCCAAGGCAGUUUACCGAGUGCCAUCCUGGUCUCAAGUUUUUCGGAACGUAUGCGAAGUGGAUGGUUUGACGGGUUUUUGGCGAGGUUUCACCCUGCGACUGAUGCGUCGAGCAGGUCUGGCGAUAGUGAGCUGGUGCCUUUACGAGCGCAUGUCUUCAUGACCCUCUCAUUUUAUUAUCCUGUGAUCCUGAUCCUCCUUAUUUUCACUUUUAGCAUUCUUCUGUGCAUUUCGUACAGUCUUCUUCAUAUUUUUGUACCCAUAUGGAAGCCUGUGACAAUAUAUCAUACUUUUUGAAGUGGGUCACUACCAUCAGACCCCCUGAUCGACCAGAUGUUUGAA